AUGAACAACCCUAACAAGUUGGCCAAGUACAUGAAGGCACCAUACCGUGGUCUCCUCCGAGCACGUGACUCAUACGUCAGCUGCUUCACCGGCUGCGCCGGCCGCUCCCGUUAUGGCCCUAUGAUGGGCCACCCUGCCCGUGCCAUCUCCGCCGCCCCCCGGGGCUUCAGUUUCAACUCUCACUCCACUUCCGGUGACGAUGACAUCGGUGACCUUAUCCGUUCUGCUUCCAAGGCCAGUAUCAGAGCAUCUCCGGCGAACUCCAAUGCUUCUCGUGUUUCUCUUCCAACAAGGACUCAGAGCUUGGAUAUCGGGAGGAUCGACGAAGAUAGUGAAUUCAUUGACGAUGUGCUACCGGGGAAGAUGCAUCCCCGGAGCCAGAGCUACGACGUCCGAUCAAACCGGAGUAAGCUUACCUUUGCAGCUGCUUGA